AUGAGGACGCACGUAUGGAUUUACCAGGCGCUGGUGUGCGCGCUUCUAUGCAUGAUGGAUACAGGUGACUGUCGAAAGAGAGGGCAGUCCUUGCAGCGCUACGAAAAGUCUGAAAACUACCUGCUGGUCUGUCCCGAAUGCCCGCAAUCGCCUGUUGUGCGCAACAGCUCGCAGGAACAGUGCGCCCGCAAGUGCAAGAAAGUCAAGAAGCACUUCAACUGCAGGGCCUUUAACUUCCACAAACACAACAGGAAAUGCCACUUGCUUCCCUUCGACCGUUUCAGCCACGGCGUGCAGAAGCAGCCCAACGGCAACUUCACGCUGUACGAAAAGAAAGAUUACAUAAGGGAGUGUAUCAUGGGACCCAAGGACAACUACAGAGGGAGGAGGUCUUGGACCAAGUCGAACAUAACGUGUCAAGCAUGGUCUGAUAAUAACAUCAAUGAACACACGUUUUAUCCCGAUAGGUACCCAAGGCAAGACCUGAGGGAGAAUUUCUGCAGGAAUCCCAAUAAAGACCCCGGCGGUCCAUGGUGCUACACCACCGAUCCCAACGUGCGAGCCGAGGAGUGUGGCGUGCCACAGUGUUCAGAGGACGUGUGCAUGACGUGCAACGGCGAGGAUUACAGGGGCAAAGUUGACCAAACUGAGAGUGGCAAAGAGUGCCAGAGAUGGGACUCCACCAGGCCCCACAAGCAUUCCUUCCUGCCCAAAAAGUACAAGGACAAAGGCUUAACAGACAACUAUUGCCGGAACCCGGACAAUCGCCUCCGUCCGUGGUGCUACACGAUGGAUCCCCAAACUCCCUGGGAGUACUGCAACAUCACCAUAUGUGAAUCCGACUCCAGCGAGGAUCCAGAUGUGAACGCAACGACGUCGUGCGUAAGGGGAAGGGGCCGAGAGUACCGCGGCACCAUGAAUGUGACUCCCGAGGGGGUGACGUGUCAGCGUUGGGACUCUCAGUUCCCCCAUCAACACUCCUUCCUUCCCGACAACUUCAAAUGCAAGGACCUCCGGGAAAACUUCUGCCGCAACCCGGACGGGUCCGAGUACCCGUGGUGCUUCACCAGCGAUCCCAACCAGCCACGGGCCAAUUGCACGCACAUCCCCAGGUGUGACGCCCCAGCCGCCAAGAAAACCGAGUGCUAUGAGGACAACGGCGAGGCGUACCGGGGCGCCUUAGCGGUCACGCGCUCGGGGAUUCCUUGCGCCGACUGGUCCCGUCGCAUCAACAGCGGGGAUUCUCACUCUACACUAUCCCAUGUAGGGCUGGACAAGAACUACUGCCGCAACCCGGACCGGGACAAGCACGGCCCCUGGUGCUACACUGACCCCAACACCCGCCUGGCAUGGGACUACUGUAAACUAAAGAAAUGUGCUGUCCCCAAGAUAUCAUGCUUCGUCCACAUCACCACUCGCAUCGUCGGGGGCCACCAAGUGCGAGGGGCGGACGGCAGCUGGGUCGUGAGCAUCCAGAGAGAAAAGAUCCAUUUGUGUGGCGGUGCUUUGAUCCGAGAAGAUUGGGUGUUGACUGACCAGCAAUGCUUCACUUCCUGCGUUCCGGAUUUGAGGGAGUACAGCGUGCAAGUCGGCCUCCACCACCUUAACGACUCGUCCCGUCACCCCCGACUCGGAAUUUCUCGCCUAAUCUGCGGCCCAGAGGGAUCCAACCUGGUCAUGCUGAAACUGGCCGACCCCGCACCUGUUUCCGAGGGCGCCACCACUAUUCAUCUACCUGUCAAAGAAUGCCACAUCGCCGAGGGUACAAACUGCACCAUGUACGGAUGGGGGGAAACCAAAGAUAAAGAACGACAAAAGGCGCUGAACGCGGUGAACAUGCCGAUGGUGAACGACGACAAAUGCGCUCGAAUCAAAGGCGACGCCGGAGACAGCCGAAUUUGCGCUGGGGGUACCAGAGGAGAAGGCGUGUGUGAAAGAGACAACGGCGGUCCCCUGGUGUGCCGUGAGCAAGAGCGCCAAGUAGUGGCGGGAAUCAGCAUCCAGCGCACCAAGUGCGCGUCGUCACGGCCGGCGCUCUUCGUCAACGUGGCGUUCUACUCGCAAUGGAUUUACAAAGUCUUCAAGCUUUACCCGAGCCCCGAAACGAACUGA